CGUGCGCGCGCAUUGAGGGUUGUGGCGAGCGGAGGCCUGCGUGCUGCUUUUCGACCUCCCCAGACUCACUUCCCUCUUCUGUCCCAGCACCCUGGACUUCUCCGGGGUUCACGUGCCACCAGAAAGAUACUUUUAUUAUUGAGAGAAAGUGGCAAAGGACCAAACAAACAAGAAAACACAACACAGAUCAGUGCUGAAAAGAUUGUAUGCAAUUAAUCAAUCAGUUGCAGAGAAUUCAUUGAAAGCAUAUCAAUGAAACCUAUUUGCUGGAGAAGUAGGUUGGUUACACAGUGCAAUGGGAGGAUAGCAAAAACUGGUCUCCUGAAACAUCUAGGACAAAAAGGACAGUCCUGCAGACAGACCGUGUUUGGAUCAAGUGAGCCAAUUCUUUGAACCUGAACACUGCUGAGUCAAGGCAUACCGCAGAUUGGUCUCCCCAGGCCACCCAGGAGAUGGAAGGCAUAGUGAUCGUGAAAGUGGAGGAGGAAAAUGAAGAUGAGGAAGACCAUUUCCAAAGGGAAAGAAACAGCAUAGAAUCAUCCCAACCAUUUCUUAGUCGGUCCACAACCAUGAAUGAGAGGGCCUUGUUAUCAUCAUACUUGGUUGCGUAUCGAGUAGCAAAAGAAAAAAUGGCUCACACAGCUGCUGAAAAAAUUAUUCUUCCAGCGUGUAUGGAUAUGGUACGGACAGUGUUUGAUGAUAAAUCAGCUGAUAAAUUAAGAACCAUACCCCUUAGUGACAAUACGAUAUCACGUCGAAUCUGUACGAUCGCAAAACAUUUAGAGGCGAUGCUUAUUGCGCGGCUACAGUCUGGGAUAGAUUUUGCAAUCCAACUUGACGAGAGCACUGAUAUUGCAAGUUGUCCAACUCUCCUGGUUUACAUCAGGUAUGUGUGGCAAGAUGAUUUUAUAGAGGAUCUGUUGUGUUGUUUAAGUUUAAAUUCACACAUAACUGGAUUAGCUUUAUUUACUGAAUUAGAAAAGUGCAUUGUUGGUCAAUAUAAAUUAAACUGGAAAAAUUGUAAAGGAAUUUCAAGUGAUGGAGCAGCAAAUAUGACUGGAAAACAUAGCAGGGUUAUUGAAAAAUUGUUAGAAGUAACAUGUAAUAGGGCUCUUUGGAAUCACUGUUUUAUUCAUCGAGAAGCUUUGGUGUCCAAGGAAAUUCCACCGAGUCUAAUGGAUGUAUUGAAAAAUGCAGUGAAAAUUGUUAAUUUUAUUAAAGGAAGCUCACUGAACAGUCGACUUCUUGAAAUAUUUUGUUCAGAGAUUGGAGUUAACCAUACCCACUUACUGUUUCAUACAGAAGUUCGUUGGUUGUCUCAAGGCAAAAUACUGAGCAGAGUAUAUGAACUCAGGAAUGAGAUUUACAUUUUUCUCAUCGAAAAGCAAUCUCAUUUGGCAAGUGUUUUUGAAGAUGACAUUUGGGUAACAAAACUGGCAUAUUUAAGUGAUGUUUUUGGCAUUCUUAAUGAGUUAAAUUUGAAAGUACAGGGGAAAAACGAUGUAUUCCAGCAUCUUGAACAUAUUCUAGGAUUCCAAAGGACAUUAUUGUUGUGGCAAGCAAGACUUAAAAGUAAUCGCCCUAGCUACUAUAUGUUCCCAACUUUGUUGCAACACAUUGAAGAGAACAUUAUAAAUGAAGACUGCUUAAAAGAAAUAAAAUUAGAGAUAGUGAUGCAUCUCACUUCUUUGUCUCAAACCUUUCAUCAUUACUUUCCAGAAGAGAAAUUUGAAUCAUUAAAGGAAAAUAUUUGGAUAAAAGAUCCAUUUGUUUUUCACACCCCAGAAUCAAUCAUUGAGUUAAACUUGGAGCCUGAAGAAGAGAAUGAAUUAUUGCAGCUCAGUUCAUCAUUCACACUAAAGAAUUAUUACAAGACGUUAAGUUUAUCAGCAUUUUGGAUUAAGAUUAAAGAUGAAUUUCCAUUGCUAAGUAGAAAGAGUAUAUUGUUGUUACUACCAUUCACAACUACCUAUUUGUGUGAACUAGGAUUUUCAAUCUUGACACGAUUAAAAACAAAGAAAAGAAAUAGGCUCAACAGUGCACCUGACAUGCGUGUAGCCUUAUCCUCCUGUGUUCCUGACUGGAAUGAACUUAUGAACAGGCAAGCACACCCCUCACAUUAAAUCCAAUCUCCAUGAAA